CUACCCUGUAAUCUCAAACCGAUUCUCUCGGAAAAAUUGAUUGCACUCCGUCUUUGCCAGCGGUUCUCAAGCGAACGCUUUGCACUAGAAAUUUGUGUACGAAAUUAAAAUUUAAAUAAAAACUUAUAUUGAUAACACGGCAAAGCAAUGAUAAGGCACUUUUUAGUUUGCAAUUUGUGCAAACACACAAAUAAUACCUUUCAACCGAUACCAUCCGCACUAAACAUUGAGUAACACUGGAAACGCACCCCGCGAAGUUGAAGGGUGAGCUCUACAUUCGGUUACUUUGCGUGUGAAACCAUCUCAAAAAACCCAUCCAAAAAUAACUCUACUUGCGUUACCGUUUCUCUCCCGUUUACUCUCCGAUCUCGAGAGCGUGCGCGCAUGCAAUGAAAAUGCUUCUCACGUUUGGCGUGAUGCAAGACACAAACCGGAACGAUGAGCAGUCUUGUUCAUUUGAAGCCAAGCAACGGAAACUGCAGGGUGUAAUUCGUUUAAUUCGGACUUUUUUUUGGCGUAACGCGGUACGCGCGUGCAUGGCUUGAUAAUUGUCAUUCCGAUAUUUUGUGUGUGUGUGUGUUUUUUUUAAUAGCAAAAAAAAGGUAAAACAAUAAACGAAGCGAAUGAGUGAGCGUUUGAUUAAUUGUAUUGCGUGUGGGUAUGCUCCUGUGUACACAUCGUGCCGAUCGUUAUAAGUGCUGAUCGAAUGAUCGUUACUCACCAGUUCGAUCACCCGAGUAUGUUAGAGAUGUUUAGUUUGUGUGUGUUUACGUGUUAUAUAUAUUUGUGUAAAAUCUCUUACAUUAUAAGGUCUAUAAGGUCUUGAAUGUUGUUAAAAAGUCGCUAAGAAAGAUUACCUUCCGGGCACAGCAAGAAACACAGCUGACAGCUGGGCAGCUAGCCCCUAACAUCAGUAACAAUGUGCACAAUCAAAGUCUCCUAUCAACCAGAACCCCUAAGUGGUAGGGAAAUCUGUUGAAAUUUUUCACAAACGAUAAUGAACACAUGGAUGAUGGAAUGAAAAUUCAUUCCGAUAAAAUAGAACAGUGGUUAAUGUGAGUGUGUUAUCGAUAUUGGCAAACACUGAUCGUAAAGCGAUAAACCAACACUUGGGCACUGGGUAGCGAAUGCCGGUUACAACCGGUGCAAAAACAUGAAACUGUGGAAGUCGAAGAAAAGUGUUAGCAGUGCAACGGGCAACGGUACGACGAGCUGUGUGUCCAGCUCGGGCAGUACGCUCAAGAAUGGUGGCAGCAUGCUGUCGAAAACGUGCAAAUUUAGCAACGGCAGCAGCAGCGGAAGCGCCAGCAAUCAAAGCAGCAGCAGCAGCAGCAACGGUCACAGCAGUGCGCUCGAUGACAGCAGUGCCGAAACAUCCUUCAUCAACCAGGGCACCGGAAGCCUGCAGCCGACCGGUGAACCGGUGGCGGUCGGUGGUGUCGUUUCCGCCAUGGUUCAGCACUCAACCGGAAACAUCUUUUCGGCAAGUGAUCGCGCUAUGAGUCCAGCACAGUCGGAAGACUCUGGACUGGCGGCAGAUCGGGGUACAACGUACGCAACGAUUUCGGUGCCGCGCGACAACGGCCAGAUCGGAAUAGUGUUGGCAGAGCGUAGCGAUCUCUCCUUUCCACCGAUGGUGGAAUCUAUCAAUGGGCCGGUAGCGGAUCUGCUAGCACCGGGCGAUCGCAUCCAUCAGGUGGACGGUGUAUCAACAAUUGGGUUGACGAAUCAGCACAUCUUCAGCAUACUGUGCCACGGUGACGGUCCAGCAAUCAUCGAGAUCGAGUAUUCGUUCCCCGAGUACAUUUCACAGAACAGUCUCUGCGUGACGACGAAAAUCGCCCAGAUCACGGUGGAGCGGGAGAACGGAUGCCUGGGGUUAACGCUAAGGGGUGGCGGCGAGUACCCGCUGGUCGUCACGAACGUGCGCAUGAAUGGGCCGGUGUUUAAGACGGGUCAAAUAAAACCGGGCGAUCGUGUGCUGCGUGUGGACAAUGUUUCCCUGCUCAACAAGAGUCUUGCCGAGGCGCAACACAUACUGAAGGAUGUGCACGUAUCGGGCUACACGAACCUCACGAUCGAGUACGACGUUUCGGUGAUGCAGACGGUCGAGCUGAGCAUGGGACCGCUGCUGUUGGAGAUCGAGCGUCCGCUCAAUGAAAAGCUGGGCUUGAUACUGAGCAACUACUCCAGUGCGGUUAACUUGAACGAUAUCUACCACAGCAGCUACAAGCUGAAUGAGGUACAGCCGGAUGGAAUUUUCAUCGCCAGCAUACUACCGGCGAGCAUUGCCGACAGAUGUGGCGCACUAACCGUGGGCGAUCAAAUACUUUCGAUAGACGAGAAUGUAGUCGAUAAUGGUGUCUGCACGUUGGAGGAGGCUACCGCACUGUUGGAUGCGAACUGCAUCAAAGGUUACACCCAAUUACACAUACUUCCUGCCCAUAUGUUUGUUCGACGUCGAGGCAUUUCGUGCUCCAGUCCCCGUUACGGCUUUAACACGGUCGAUUCGCGUAAAAAUCUCACAAGCAACAAGCAUCGACGGUUGCUGCGAAAGAGCUCACUGCCGCAAACGUCCGAAGAUGGGUUGCUACAUUCGACCGUCGGGCUGUGCCGGGCGGAAAAGAUACACAUCAUACUGGACUGUUCGCAAGGUUCCGGCAUCUGUCUCGGUCCGAAAAGCCCGUGCGGACGCGGGUUUGUGAUCGCCCAGAUCAUGCCGGACUCGGUGGCGGAGCGUUCCGGUUGCCUGCAGAAGGGUGACCGCAUCAUCGCCAUUAACAAGAUGUGCAACCUCGAUGGGAAUGCGGUCCGCCAGAUAUUGGGCGACUUUGGACCGGUAACGGUGGCGAACCAUUACCACAACCAGGCGCAAACAUCGAACUGGGUGGAGCUGGAGAUUGAGUUCGAUAUGGCGGAUUCGGUUGUACCUGCUAGCGGUGUGUUUAACAUCAAGCUGCUAAAGCAAAGCCGCUGCGGGCUUGGUAUUACCGUGAACGGUAAUGCGCACGGUUCGUUCAUUAUCUCGGAGGUAAAACCGGGCAGUGCGGCACACCGGACCGGUUCACUGCGAGCCGGCGAUUUACUGAUGGCCGUCGAUAAUCGCCCGCUGCAGCAUUACAAUCUGGAUCUGUUGCUAAAGGAAAGCAAGAAUGACUUUAUCACGCUGACGGUGAAACGUAACUCGCUGCCCGAUUUCUUAUUCGACGCUCAGCAAAAGUCCUCAGGCAUCUAUGGCAGUACGGAGGAUGGUGCUUUUACGUAUGGAAAUAGAUAUACCGAUGCGACGAUACUGAAGAUGAACAACAAUACCGAGUCAUACCAGAUGGAUGAACAGCUCCGGCGUCCUGUGUGGUCUAAUACACCUUCGUACGAUGGAGCUGUCCAAAGUACCGGUACGCUGAAAGGUCCUGCUCAGUCGGGGGGAAGCACAGAGCAUCUACCGCUACCACCGGCCCAUCUCCUCAGCGUGGAUAGUGAACCGGCCGAGGAGCGGUACGACGACAUCAUGCACUACAAGAUGGUGUCGAUGAACAUUAGCAACACAAACUAUGUCGGUUUCGGUAGUGCCUCCACUGCAUCGCCCGAUAAUACAAUCACCUACGCGAACGAACAACCGCCAGCGCCGCCAUCACUGCCAGCAGCAACGGAGGAACCAAGGCAACACAUUUUUAACGUCCGAUUAGAACCGAACGGUGGUCCACUCGGUAUAACGCUCGCCGCUAGUGAAGAUCUGCAGAAACCCAUCAAGAUCAGUGCCGUUGCGGAAGGCGGCGUUGCGCACAGUGUCGGCCAGCUGCAGGUCGGCGACUGUCUGCUUGCAAUUAAUGGCGAAAGUGUCAGCGGGUUACCACUCACGACUGCUACGAAAUUACUGCAAAAGUUUGAAAACGUCGUCGAUCUGCAGAUAGCACGUACGGAACCGGGGUUAAACACACCGGACCGUACGGUGGCGACGGCUGUGUACGCAAAGGUCCAACGUAGACCACGCAGUCCGUCGAUCAACGACGGUGCAUCGAGCAAUUCGUUCGGCCAGAGUUCGCAGGGUAACGUCCAGACGAUGCAUGUGACGCUGUUCAAGGAUCGUGUGUACGACGACUACGGUUUCUCUGUCUCGGACGGUCUUUACGAGCGGGGUGUCUACAUCAACCGCAUACGUACUGGUGGUCCAGCCGAUCUAGCCGGUCUACUGAGACCGUUCGAUCGUAUUGUGCAGGUGAACGGAACCAAAACGCAGGACUUUGACUGCUGUCUGACGGUGCCAUUGAUAGCGGCGGCAGGUGACAAGAUCGAGCUUGUCAUACAGCGCACCCUGUCGGAGUAGGCGUACGCAGAACUAGCAAAUGGGAACAAACUGUAUGCCACCUGUGGUUCACUUGCUGUAAUCAGCUUUGCUCCUUUUUAAUCCUUCCACAAAAAAGUGUUUAUUCCUUACUCUCGUCUUCCCCUCUCUCUCUCUCUCGCUUUCUCUCUUUUUCUUCCUCUAUCACACACACAAAUACUUUUUCUCACUCGCUCUGUACUACAUGUUUCCAAUCACUAAAAACAAAACAAACAAAAAACAUUUGAAGAAAAAAAAACAUUCAGCUUUUCACUAAUAUGGCGUAUUUAUUUAACUAUCUUUAGUCUCCACUAACGUGUUAGUGUAACAGUUUAAUUUAACAAACAACAUGACAAUAAAUCCUGAGCAAAAAGACUAAAACGGAGCGCCGGGGAGAUUGUUGUUUAUUUACUGUAUUUAGAACCCGGCUGUGCAAAGUGCAUUACGCUGUACCGGAUGUACAAAGGUGCUGCUACCAUAAUAGUUCUAUUGACGUCACUGGGGGUGUGUGUUUAACACUUUCUUAUCAAUUGUAUCCCAGUGCUCGGAUUGAAAAUACGUCGCUACUUUACAUGCUUAAUUAGAUUCUUUUGAUUUUGUAUUUUUGUUUUUGCAUCAUACAUCUUAAUGAAUGUUUGUUAGAUCAAGAUCACUUAAGGAAGUUAUUCUUCAAAUUUCUUGAAUUAUUGAGUUCUCAUGGAAAUAUGAGCAGUACUUCAUCCGUAACGCUGUAUGUCAUCUGGGUACUGGGUACUGCCCGGAGAAAGAAUAUCAUAAUUAGUGUAUCAUUAAACAAUUUCUUUCAAUUAAAAGAUCACACAUUUGGUUGAAUUAAAAAAAAAUAAAUAAACCGCGUGCUCCGCUACUCAUUGCUCCACAACUGAGGGGUUGUCAGAUUUGGCUUCGACAGCAUCUUCAAUGAGAGAUGGGUUUUUUUCCUACUUCUUCUAUGUCUGUUUGUCGCUCUCGGUUUGUCUUUCCAUGCACGUCUCAAUCUACGUCGCUUUAACAAAGCAUGCGCAGAAUCGCUCCCGAACGAUUUCGGAGCGAACGUGUGAGUAUCAAUUCGACUGAUCGUUCUUUCUACAGCUAAAGUUUUAGCGUUGGAAGAGCUAUUUAAAACGCUCUCGUCUACGGACGGAUCAGUAGCAGGAAUCAUCUCCGUCUCAGUGCAAUACCCGGCAAGGGUUUUCGUAAAGCAGCUAGUUGGAAAGCAACGCGGAAGUUACUCACUCGUCGUAACUAUUUUUUGGGACUUUUUACACAGAAGGGACAAUAUAAGAAGCAAUAAGUUGUUGUAGAAGCUGCUCAGUACUAAAAGGUUGCUCCGCGUGCAUGUUCUAAGUGGUGGAAUCGUUGUGCUAAGAAGAACGUUUAAAUAUUUGUUUGAAUACCGUUUGUGGAAUAAUUAUUAACCUAAAGUUACAGUAAGGUUAGGUAUUGUGCAACAGUGAAAAGACACCAAAAA